AUGGCCGAAGCUCCCAGCUCCUCCCCAGCUGGCUCUGCCCAAGGGAAAGGCCGGACAUCUCGUUCGUCUAGGCCCAAUUACAGGAACAUUCAUCGUUUCCCUCUUCCCGUCACUAUCCACCCUGUUCCACCUGUAAUUCCUCAUAAUCCUCUUUCUCUCAUUAGUGUUGCCCUCUCGUAUCUAUCUUUCUUGAUCUCCCCUCCUCGCCAAGAAGUCUACACUGCAUACUUUGACCUCGCAACGUCUUCCGUACAUGUUACCGACGAGCGAGCAAUCAAGGCGUUGUGGCAGAUGGGAUUCUUCGGCAAGGGUAAUCUGAGUCGAAGUGAGCCCAGCUGGCUAGAGCGUGAGAAGAAAAGAAGAGGUCUACUGGGUGGGAGCACUAGUGAGGAGGCUACACGGAAACGCAGAACCGAGCGUCGCGAAUUGAAGCUUGAGCGUGCCAGGGUGGAAAGGCUUAUGGUCGAGGAAAGACUCAAAGCCGAGGCCGCAGCCAGAGAAUUAGGCACUUCAUCCCCAGUGGAUGCCUCAAUAGAGAAGUUCUCCGUCAAGAAGGCUAUGGACGCCAAAUACCAAAGAGAACGGGAACAAGCCAUACAGAAUGCCACUGCCGAGCCAACUACUGAUGUGAUCAACUCACCCAAUGGAAAAUCCGUGCGGUUCUCGCCGGUCGUUCAGGAGCAGAAGUUAUCCCCACAGGUCGAUGAUGAUGCUGAUCUCGACAUGGAGUUCCAAAAUGAGGAACAUCUUCAGAUUUCAAAUGAAGAGACGUUCUUCCUGGUGUAUGGCCUCGGUGUCUUGCGGGUCGUUGACCGCGAGACCAAUGCCGUUAUCCCGACCUCCUCCCUCUUUUCCCUCCUGUGCCAUCACUCCCACUAUCCGCCCCGCCUCCCCUCCGCCGAUUUGCAACCCGACGACCCCUUCCUGCUUUCAUAUGCAGUGUAUCACCACUUCCGAUCCCUCGGGUGGGUGGUUCGCUCUGGUGUGAAGUUCGGAACGGACUACUUACUCUACAACCGCGGACCGGUCUUCUCUCACGCCGAAUUCGCCGUCAUCAUUGUCCCCUCAUACGAGCAUCCUUAUUGGAACGAGACAAAAGAGCGCAGGGAUUAUGUGGCACAGAAACAAGAUCGAAGAUGGUGGUGGCUGCACUGUGUGAACCGGGUUCAGGCACAAGUGAAAAAGAGCUUGGUAGUCGUCUAUGUCCAAGUUCCACCACCCACAUCAUCCAUUGACGACAUCGGUGCUGUUCUUGGUAGUUACCGAGUACGAGAGUUUCUCCUUCGACGAUGGAUUCCCAACCGGAGCCGUGAUUAG